CUUCUUCUGUCCUCUCAGUGGACACACUCUCUCCUGUCUCGUCUUCUCUGGUCACACUUGGACAUCAGCAUGUGUCUUCGUCUGUCUCCAUCUGUGGCGUCCCCAGCCACGUCUUCAUGGUAAGGUUCUUCCCUCGUCACCGUGGCGGCGAGCGUCGUGAGCGUGACCUGCUGCGGCAGGUGAGGCGCCAGGGGCGCACGGCUGACGGGGAGAAAGAGAGCGAGAAAGGUGGAGGAAGAGGAGAAGGAGAAAGAGGAGGAAGAGGAGGUGGGGUGAGGACAAGAACGUCGGCACGAUUCAGGCUCCAGGUGCCUCGUUUGGCUCUUCGACACCGUCUGAGCGUGCUCAGUGGCUGUGUGUCUCGACCUGCCCCUUGGCGUCGUCGGCCAAUCACCUUCCUCUGCUACGUCCUGUCAGUGAGUGCUUUGCGGCCGUUGGCCAAACGGGUGGCGUUGUACCACUCCUUCCCAACUCGCUUGCUGUCUCGGGCCUGGGGUCGUCUGAAUGGGGUCGACCUCCCCACCUGGCUGCGAAAGCCUGUCUACUCCCUCUACAUCUGGACCUUUGGGGUCAACAUGCAGGAGGCUGCGGUGGAGGAUUUACAUCACUACAGGAAUCUGGGUGAAUUUUUCCGUCGACGUCUAAAGCCUGCGGUCCGACCACUCUGCGGCUCCUCCUGUCUGAUCUCUCCGGCUGAUGGAAAGAUCCUUCACUUUGGUCGAGUCAAGAACUCGGAGGUGGAGCAAGUGAAGGGGGUCACCUACAGUCUGGAGAACUUCCUGGGUCCACAGAAGAGGCGGGGCAAUGACUCGUCUCCGUCCUCGUCGUCCUUUAAGGACAACCUCCUGUCGUCACCUGAGAACGACCUGUUCCACAUGGUGGUCUACCUGGCUCCAGGUGACUAUCACUGUUUCCACUCGCCCACAGACUGGAGGGUGGAGCUUCGACGUCACUUCCCAGGCUCAUUAAUGUCCGUCAACCCGGGUGUGGCUCGUUUGGUUAAAGAGCUCUUCUGCCUUAACGAGCGUGUGGUGCUCAGCGGCCAAUGGCAGCACGGCUUCUUCUCACUAACGGCGGUCGGAGCCACAAACGUUGGUUCCAUCAAGAUUUACUUUGACCAGAUAAAUUGGCUGGCUCUGGCUGCUUCAUCUAACAUUUCCCUCACUGUCUUCCUCAAACUCUGUCCCCGCACUCCGAGUUCCCCCAGGAGCGAGACAGCUGAUCUUGCUAUGAAUCCCCUACGCCCCACUUCCACUGGACAAAUCCUAGUCUUCCAUCCUUGCUGCUCAGCUUCCGCUCCUAAGUCUGCAUAUCUAAGCUUUUUUCUUUCAUAGGCUUCUUUCACUGAGUCUUCCCAAGGAACUGUCAGCUCAAUGAAAUAAACUAUCUGUUGACUCACUGACCACAACACUAAGUCAGGCCUCUGCUUGGUACAAACUAUUUCCUGGGGAACAACAAGCUUUCCCCCUAAAUCUACUUGCAUUUCCCAAUCACAAGCACCUUCUAGGCGGCCACACCCUUGCCUCCUUACUAACUUAUCCCUUCUGUGUUUCUCCCCCUCGCGGACAAACUGAAUUACUAAACUCCUAUCCUUAACACCUUCAGAAUUCACCUGUCUUCGUUUCCCUUCGAUGCCUGCAGCUAAACAUUUCAACACCUGAUUAUGUCACCAUGUAUAUCGGCCUUGUGACAAGCUAACUUUACAGCCUGACAAAAUAUGCUUUAAGGUUGCGGUACGUGAACACAAUGGGCAUGAUGGGUCCUCAUUUACCCACAGUUCUAGGUUCUGGGGGGUUGGUAACACAUCGUAUGUAGCCCCUACCAGGAAUCUAAUACGAUUCUCCUCCAUACUCCACAGGUCCCUCCAACUGAGCUUCCUCUUCUCUACACUUUCCCAAUUCAACCACUGUCCCUGUUUAGCCUGGGCCACUACCUUUGCAUCCCUUACUAUCUCCUCCUGUCUACGUAUCUGUUCCACAACCAGCUUUCUUUUAUCUUUGAGUCCUGCUUUAUUCCAUACCGGUUUGCCUGAGCCAAGCCCCAGGCCUCCCCGGCCAAACUGAACAUUACCUACAAUCUCUGCAUGCCUAAGAGCUGCCUCUGCCUCCUGAACUGCCGAUCUUGGGUUCCACUUCCUCCCCUUGGUUGGAUUUGGAACCACACUCCUAACUACCAUGUCCUUACUCCCAGAUAACAACAGCUCUGUCCUGACCUUGGUACAUUUAAAUUCCUCUGUUAAACUAGAUACUGGCAGCUGAAGUAUCCCUUUUCCAUACAAUGCAACACUACUUAGGCACCUAAAAGCGCCCAACCACUUCCUAAUAUAGGAGCUAACUGACCUUUCAUGUAUCGAGAUGCAUCUAGAUUCACUAGGCUUGAUCUUCAUGCUGGCCCACUUGAGGUUCUUAUUUACCUUCUCAUGUAGCCUCUUUGUACAUGGCAUUGUUGUGGUCACCAGUGUCAUGUCAUCCAUGUAAGCCCUAACUGGUGGAAGAUGCAACCCGUUCUGCCGUCUCUCUCCACCUACCACCUACUUAGAAGCCCUGAUGAUUACUUCCAUUGCCAUAGUAAAUGCUAAUGGAGAAAUUGUACACCCUCCCAUGAGGCCUAUUUCUAGCCUCUGCCAACCUGUUGUGAAACCUGCCGUACUUAGACACAACCUAAUAUCCUGAAAAUAUGCUUUCACUAAGUUAACAACUACCUGUGGCACUCUGAAGUAGUCACGCACUCCAAAUGAGGCUAUGCGGUACUGAACCAAACGCAUUUGCAAGAUCUAAAAAUACUACAUGCAGGUCUCUUUUGUUAAUCUUCACUGCCUGAAUCUGGUGCCAGAUCAUGCUAGUAUGCUCUAAACACCCUGAAAAACCUGGUAUUCCUGCCUUCCGCACCAUGGUAUCUAUUAAGCUAUUGCUUUCUAAGUAGCUAGCUAAUCACUACACUACAGAAUUAGCGGGUGCUUGUAGAUGUUGUCGGCUGGAUUAAUCUUGUAGUAUUUGUUGGUGUUGGCAGGAUUUAUCUUGUAGUAUUUGUAGGUGUUGUCCACAGUAUUUAUCUUGCAGUAUCUGUAGGUGUCGGCACUAUUUUUGUGUAUUGUCAGCAGUACUUGUGUUGCAGUAUCUGUAGGUGUUGUCUGCAGUAUUUGUGUUGUAGUAACUGUGGGGGUUGUCGGUAAGAUUUGUGUUGUAGUUACUGUAGGUGUUGU